CCGAGAUUUAAGGACCUCAGCUUGCUCAAAGAAAGACUCUUCUCCUCUCUGACUGCAAAACUGGAACCGAGAAUGCUCCUGUGUGGAACUGUGUUGAUGCUGCUAGCUUCGGCUCUGGCCUACUCAGAAAGACUGUACCUGGACUCAGAGUGGGAGAGCUGGAGGACAGCCCACAGGAGGGAGUAUAAUGGCUUGGGUGAAGAGGAAAUCCGUAGGACCAUCUGGGAGAAGAAUAUGCAGCUGAUCGAGGCCCACAACCGUGAAUAUGAAUUGGGCAUUCACACCUACGAGCUGGGUAUGAACCACCUCGGAGACAUGACCUCAGAGGAAGUGGCAGAAAAGUUGACUGGCCUACAGGUCCCGCUGUUCAGGGAUCCCAACAACACCUUCAUCCCCGACUACAGCAUGAGGAAGCUGCCCAAAGCCAUCGACUACCGCAAGCUCGGCUACGUCACCCCUGUCAAGAACCAGGGAGCUUGUGGAUCUUGCUGGGCCUUUAGCUCAGUAGGGGCCCUGGAAGGCCAGCUGAUGAAGACCCAGGGAAAACUGCUGUCCCUCAGUCCUCAGAACCUUGUGGACUGUGUCACUGAGAACAAUGGCUGUGGAGGUGGCUACAUGACCAAUGCCUUUAAAUAUGUCAAGAACAACGGAGGCAUUGACUCUGAGGACAGUUACCCCUACAUUGGACAGGAUGAGCAGUGUGACUACAGUCCAUCAGGAAAGGCAGCUGAGUGCCAGAGCUACAAAGAGGUCAAGGAGGGAGACGAGCGGGCACUGCAGGCCGCUGUAGCCAAGGUGGGGCCUGUCUCCGUGGGAAUCGAUGCCACCCUCUACAGCUUCCAGUUCUACAAGAGGGGUGUGUACUAUGAUCGCAACUGCAACAAAGAUGACAUCAACCAUGCAGUGCUGGCUGUAGGCUAUGGCGUCAGCAGCAAAGGAAAAAAGUACUGGAUCGUCAAGAACAGCUGGGGUGAAGAGUGGGGAAACAAGGGCUACAUUCUGAUGGCACGUAACCGUGGCAACGUGUGUGGCAUUGCCAACCUCGCCAGUUUUCCCAUCAUGUAACUUCCAGAGGGCACCAGGACAGGAAGGCAAGGGAGAGUUGUCCAAACAACCUUGAAACGUUUGUACCCAACACGGACUGAAACAUACCACAUGAGAACUAGAGCAUCAUAAAUCAAAGUGCUGAUCUGGAGGCUGGCCUGCAGGUUGACCUUAGUUGUCUUACAGCUUCCUGCCUUUAUGCUACCUUCGUUUGCACCAUUGUAUUUCCCAGUGUUCCUCCACAAACAUUUUUAUUUUGUACCCCUUUGUUGUUGUACUCUGCUGUCUGUUCAGCUGUAACGAGUGUGGCUGCAAUGGUGAAAUGGAGUGCAUGAAUGAUCCAGAACGCUUAAAAGCAUUACAACAUCAAGACCUUGCAACUGGCAAACCUGGUGACUUAAUAUCGCUGUGCACUAGGAGCGUUCUCUCACUCCCUGAGAAAAUGCAGUGGCAUUAGCCGAACAAAAUGUUUCUGAUUGUGUGCAAUAUUCGUCAUGGUGUAUGUCAA